CAUAAUGCCUUUUAAACGCGUUUUCACACUUUCUCCACUUACCCGCGGUUCCGCACUGUUACCGUAGCGUGCACAAUAUAGCUUAAAAAAGUAAAUAGCGAGCUACUUUUGCGGUGUAUGUACAUGUACAAGGUAUGUACAUGUUAAUUCAUAGGUUUCUGCUAACGCACGUGCGGCUUUCCUGCACAAUAUUGGAUACAGUAGCGUUGCAUAAUCAUGAGCCAAAUGACGUCUUUUGUUCUGAUGCUCAGUAUUAGCGGACUUCUGCACUACUGUCUGGCAUCCUCAGCUAGCGAUGCGCUGGAAACCGACUGCAAUGUCCGACAACCCAGCUCCGCUGCUUACUCUUCCGUAAACACAGUAUCGAUUUCACUGACUUUUCCGUUACGUACGGAUACCUUAACGUGGGAAGAAUGCACAGCAUACACCACAGCUCCCAAAAGUUUUCUGUGCAGUCCCGCACACUCAUGUAACGGAACUGACAAAGAUGACUUUCUCCCGCCACCAAUGUCCAUGACGUUUAUCGAGCUAGCUUGUUCGUGGCACAACCGUACGUUUAUGGCGGCAGUGACAAACCAAGUGAAAACCAUUAGCCCUAAUCGAGCGGUGAUCAUGGAGCUGGACGAAAAGAACGACACAACGGAUCCUGUUGACUCUAACGUCAUCGAACCGGUUCGCCAGCAGUUAAUUUCGUUGACGGUCCACCAUUGCGUUACACAGACUGUUACAUCGAAAAUUUAUAAAAUCGGCAACUUUCCGUAUUUAGUGCGGUUAGUCAUGCAAGGUUGUUGGGGACUGAUCAUCCGGAAAAAGGAUCUGGAGAAUAUGCAACAGCUGCGCAUGGUCCAGUUCAUUGCGGCGACAAUUGAGUCCAUGGAACCGUACACUUUCACCAAUCUUCGGAAUUUGCGGAGUUUACGCCUGGAAGACCAGUUGCGCUAUCUGUUGAAGCAGAAAGGCAACCCAAUCGAUCAACUUUAUUUGGACCGCUCUAAAUUAAUUGCAGACGAAGAUGUUGAGCGAAUCACAAGCCUUCACUGCAACUGUUCGUUAGCAUGGUUCCGGAAUUUUCUGCGAGCCAAGCCGUUUCUAACCGCGGAAAAACGAAAAGGAGAGGACUAUAUCGUUGGGAAUUUCAUAUCGGACACGGUUUUCGUAGAUGGGAUCUAUGGGUCUGUUCUGAAUGUGGACUGUGCAAAAAAGGUGUCUAUUCAUAACGUAGAUGCCGGUCCUCAGUUCUCAUAUAACACGUCGUGCUAUAAUAUAAAGUGCUAGUACACAAAAAUAUUUCUUUCUGUUUUAACCGAGUUGGGAUGCAUACAAAGUGCCGGGCGAGCAUUGGUCGCAAAAGGCAAGAACGACUGCAGUACUCAUGCUUGUACGAGCAGAUAUAUCUGUAUGUACGAGUAUGUAUCCAAAUAACCAAAAUAAAUGGU